AUGGCACACGAAAAUGGUUCAGCCUCGUCCUCGCACGCCGGAAGCACACCGCCUAGCACAGCCCUCUCGCCCUCCGGCGCUACUGAGCGGGCGAACCGCCCAGAGCGUCAGAUUCGCGCGUCGUUCACCGAAUCGACGGUGGUGGUGCAGUGGGAUCCGGAGCGCGACCUGCUGUUGAAUCGCCUCAACUACCGCUCCAUCCAGAUCGGGCUGAGAGGCGACGUCGCUGCCGCGUACGCGCGAGGGGAGUACAUCGAGCGCAUCGCUGACGUCACGGAGCUGUUCCGCGAGGUGCACCGGCUGGGCGUGCGGGAGGGGAGGGUGGAGGAAGCGGAGAGGCUGCUGCCCGCGGAAGCGGAGUACCCCGUGGCGCCAGCCGUGCGAGCCGCGCUGCGCAUGGACGCUCCGCUUGCGGGGGAGGCUGUCCCAAGCUGA